CCGGCCCCUAACGGCCGCUACCUGCCGCCGGCAGCUCGCGCCCGGCCCCGCCCCCACCUGGGAGUUCAGCCCCUCGCCGCCCGGCGGAGCCCGGCAGAGCGGGCCCGGCACCGCACCGGCACCUGCGGCACGGAGCUGCGGCCACCGACGGAAUAGAGAGCAGGGAAAUCUCUUUGAAGAAACUUCCUGUUGGAAUGCCUCACAUCAAUGCAGCUGCAGCUCUGCAGAUCUGCGUGCUGCUGUCUGCGCUUCCUGCGCAAUAUUUCAUAUCCCAAUGGUACGGGACGGACUCUGCUCAGCGCAUCCAAAUAACAGAAAGGUUGAUAAUUGCCUCUUGGAGCAGCUUUACAAAAUCUUACUUGAGUCUGGAUGCGUGGGCAGAUCGUUUAAAGUUGUGGCUAUCAAAGACAAGGAAUUGGUACUAUGGAGAAAAGAAAACUAAAAUUGGUGACAAUGAAGCAGAAACCCAUUCUUACUUUGCAGAAUCAACUCACAUUCGCAGUCCGAAGCCUGAGUAUAUUCAGUUCAGUGUGGGACAGGUAGUAGUUCACAAAAUAUUUGGCUAUUGGGGAGUCAUUGUUGGAUGGGAUGUAAAAGCUAAAGCUCCAGAAGAAUGGCUGCAAGACAAAUAUUCUCCAGCGAAACAGGAUCUAAAAGAUACUCCUCACUAUCGCAUUCUAAUUAACAAAGCAAAUGGAUUUGGCAAAUCUACAGCUUACAUUCCUGAGGAAGAGAUAACAAUUAUUAUGGGAUUAGAGGUACAGCACCCUGAUAUGAAAGCCUAUUUCAGUGGAUACGAUGGAUCAAAAUACAUUAUGCAGCCAUGGUUGAAAAAAAUCUAUCCUCAUGACUGAAGUACUUAAGUGUGUGUACAUGUAAUGUACAUCCAGACAGCAUAUUUCCUUUGUAAAUCUGAGCAAAAAGACACCAGGAUAAAACUCCUGUAUAUUUUUUCCUAUGAUGAAAUAAAACAUUACUA